AUGGCCCAACAACAACCAUCGUUAUCGUUGUUUGAGUCUGUUACCAAUAAGGAUUAUGAUGCGAUAGCGGACUUGUACGCAGAUAAUGCCCGCAGGACGAUUCUUUCUUUCCUUGCCAUGAGGCAUCGAUGGUCUCCUUUCGUCGGAAUUGAGAAAUCAGAAGAGAAAUGCAAUGAGUUCUUGCAGCAGAUUGCUUGUCAGGAAUCCAAGUUGGGUUAUGUGUCGGCAGAACAAUCUCCCCCCGUUCACUCCUUUGGAGCUGACGAUGUGCAAUACCAUUCCGUGUUGAAUGAACUAGGGCUCUUCUUGACAGAGACGGUGUCGGGAGAAGAUAUUCUGUGUAAGGAGGAUGAUUUUGGUGAUGAGGGAUACCAAGACAUGGAUUGCGACUUUCCGACAACGAAACUACCGCAUCAGGCGUCUUGGAAGUCUACCUCGACAGCCGCCACGGAGCGUGUCUCGUGGGCCACCAGUAGUAGUGCUAGUCUUUCUUCCAGCACUACUUCCCGGGCGUACUCCCGCAGCAACAGUAACAGCAGUGGCAGCAGCCAUCAUGAAGCCAAUGAAGGUGUCAAUCGGCUUCUUUGGGAUUCCGCCGCGAUUUACAGCGACUCCCGUCCACCCUCCAACUUUGUGGUAUACAAUGCUAAUGGUGACAACACGCGCAACGGGGGAAGAGAAGAAGGACCCCCUCUCUUUGAUGGGUCCGUGGCAAACUCUACCCCACCUCCUCUUGGCGGAAUUUCGGCCGGACCAUCGGGAGGGUCAGGGACCAUUUUGCAUUUGGCUUGUGCUUUGGAUGCUCCUCUGGCUUUGGCGCUUCUUCUUGCCAUGGGAGCUGAUGCUCGCUCCACCCACACUGCCUUUCGUAGAUUGAUGAUUCACGAGGCCGCUUGCAAUGGAUCCAUUCAGUGUUUGACACUGCUACUAGAACUGGGACAAGCUUGUGCUCAGGGUGAUGAACAGGAGGAUAGGAAAAUGAUGACCAAACGCUUGCCGGAAUCGGCUCGCUAUACAGCUACGCAGGAACUUCGAUUCUUGGAUCAAAACGCGGCGGCUUCCUAUUCCGAAUAUCAGCGACGACGAUCAAAGGAGGUCCGAUCUCGUGGUGGAUUGUUUGGUGUCGGUGGUGGUGGCAACCAGUCCCAAUCUGCUUCUUCUUGUUCAUCGUCAACUUCUUCUACUACGGACAAGCCCAAAGGAGACUUUUUGCAGUUCCUUCGAAUGUUCAGAGACUUCACGGCCAUGGUCAAGAAUGGUUUCAUGACGGAAUUGGAUGCAGCCAGGGCGAUCUUGGCACGAGCCAGCUUGGCGGAACCGUCUCGGGUUUCCUUGGCGCACUCUUGUACAUUUCAAAAAGGACCUUUCGCUCUGUCCCGCGGAAUCUUUCGUCCCCGUGGCGGUGGUUGCGCAGAUGGUCACGGCAACACGCCACUUCAUUGGGCUGCCUUCAAAAACGAAGUAAAGUGCGUCUCGUUGUUGCUCGCAUACAACGCUGAUCCAAAUGCCCGGGCCCAUCCUUCGGGAUGGACCCCAUUGCAUGAUGCGGCGUACAGCAACUCAAAAGAAUCCAUUGCUCUGCUUGUCGGAUCGGGAGCACAAGUUGAUGCCCGCGCCAACAGUGGCGCAACACCCCUUUGCUUUGCGGCUCAGGAAGAUGCCGCCGAUGCAGCGUUCUUGUUGUUAGAGCGUGGAGCUGACUUGGCUACCAGGUGUGCGGGUGGGCCAUAUGUACGAUCCGACGACGACAACGGAAACAAUCAUCACCCUCACAGUCGAUUCAGUGGGUACACUCCGCUGCACUACUGUGCUCAUUAUAAUGCCCACCACGCCGCCCGGGUUCUUCUUGCCAACACAGCCGCCAAGAAGGCAAUGGAGAUCUCCGACUUGAGCGAACGUCUGCCCAUUCAUGUAGCAGUGGCGAGAGGGAGCAGUGAUGUCUUGCGUGAACUCCUGCAUGCGGGUGCUCGGGUGGAAACACCACAAUCUCGUCAACGCGCGCAGUCUUUGGUACAGAGAAGAGCUGAAGCUGCUGUGGAGCGUCCAGCCGUUCCUCCAACCCCACGUGCCCGGAAUCUGCAGCCACCUGGGGCCGUUCUCUCAACUCCUACUCGCGCUAGUCCCGCUGGAUCCGACUCCACGCCUGUUUCGUCACCCGUUUUGAGAGCGAUGAUUCCAGCUCAACCAAUCAAUUCCUCUAAACCUUGGAAUUGCCUCAGCCAGAGAUCGAUUGAUGAAUGCCGCGCACUGAUCUCCCAUGCCGAACAGAACUGGACGCCAGAACGACACUUGCUUUUCACUCCUGCCGACCGCCGAGCCGUGAUGGAACUGCUCCGUGUCGGCAAGAGACUUGAGCUGCAAGGUUCUGGCAUCUUUCUUGACUUGUGGCCACUGAUUCUGAGCUUUUGUGGCCGUGGAUGGUUCGAGAUAGAGGGUCAAAAGAAAGAAGGAGAAGAGGAAGAUAUGCCCAUGUGCUCCGUUGCACGCCUGACAUAUGAGCGAAACGGAGAUGCGGACCUUUUGAUGCUGCCAUCGCUCACGAGGUGA